AUGGAGACAAGUGCAGCCCCGGCUGCUAGAACUAUAAGGUUUAUGAUGGAGGGCGUAGGGGCACGUGUUAUUAGAGGCCCGGACUGGAAAUGGGGUAAACAGGAUGGAGGUGAGGGUCACGUUGGUACAAUCAGAAACUUUGAAUCUCCCGAAGAAGUGGUCGUUGUUUGGGACAAUGGCACGGCUGCCAAUUAUCGUUGUUUGGGAGCAUACGAUCUUAGAAUUUUAGACAGUGCACCUACCGGAGUUAAACACGAUGGGACCAUGUGCGAUACGUGUCGUCAACAACCGAUUUUCGGUAUUCGGUGGAAGUGUGCAGAGUGCGGAAAUUACGAUUUGUGUUCUAUUUGUUAUCACGGAGACAAACAUCAUCUUCGGCAUAGAUUUUACAGAAUAACGACUCCCGGAAGUGAUCGCGUUUUAGUCGAGCCUAGGCGUAAGAGUAAAAAAAUAGGUAUUCGCGGAAUAUUUCCCGGUGCACGCGUUGUCAGAGGAGUAGAUUGGCAGUGGGAAGAUCAAGACGGUGGAAACGGUCGCAGAGGGAAAGUAAAUGAAAUACAAGAUUGGUCCGCAGCCUCACCUAGAUCUGCUGCCUACGUCAUUUGGGAUAAUGGGGCAAAAAAUUUGUAUCGUGUCGGUUUUGAAGGAAUGGCCGAUUUAAAAGUAAUAACAGACGCCAAAGGUCAAACUGUGUAUAGGGAUCAUUUACCUUUAUUGGGUGAACAAGGUCCAGGAAGAACUGGACCGCAUGGACUGCAAGUAAACGACCAAGUCAACGUUGAUUUGGAGUUAGAAAUAGUUCAGUCUCUUCAGCACGGGCACGGAGGCUGGACGGAUGGAAUGUUCGAGUGCUUAAGUACUACCGGAAAGAUAGUCGGGAUAGAUGAAGAUCAUGACAUUGUUGUGUUGUAUCCGAGUGGCAAUCGUUGGACAUUUAAUCCGGCUGUGUUAACAAAAGUAGCUGUAGCUCCUCCCAGUGCAUCCGCCAACGAAAAUCAGCAGCAAUUUGCUGUCGGUGACUUGGUUCAAAUAUGCAACGAUUUAGAAAGAAUAAAAAUAUUACAGAGAGGGCAUGGAGAGUGGGCUGAAGCUAUGGCUCCGACUCUUGGAAAAAUCGGUAGAGUUCAACAAAUUUAUCACGAUAACGAUUUGAAAGUUGAGGUUUGCGGUACGAGUUGGACGUAUAAUCCUAUAGCUGUUACUAAAGUUGCUUCAAGUGACGGAACGGUUCCCGGAACAUCCAGCGGAGAGCGUUUAAGCGCACUCCUCAAGAAAUUAUUCGAAACUCACGUGUCGGGAGAUGUCAAUGAAGAAUUAGUCAAAACAGCCGCGAACGGUGAUUCUCAAAAAUGUGAAGAAUCACUUAAAAGAACCGAUGCCGACGUGAAUGGCGUAUUUGCCGGACACACCGCUCUUCAAGCUGCUAGUCAAAAUGGUCAUUUAGAAGUUAUUAAAAUUUUAUUACGUCAGGAUGCAGAUGUUGAAAUCGAGGACAAAGAUGGCGAUCGAGCGGUGCACCAUGCAGCUUUCGGUGACGAACCCGGCGUUAUGGAAUUACUUGCAUCCGCGGGUGCGGAUUUAAAUGCUAGAAACAAACGUCGACAAACGGCACUACACAUUGCUGUUAAUAAAGGACACGUUGGAGUUGUCAAAACGUUGUUGGAAUUAGGUUGUCAUCCUUCCCUACAGGUAGGAAACGUAAAUUUUUUAUUAACCUUUAACCCUCAAGUAAAAAAAAAGGUUUUUUCCCUUUUGGUAAAGGUAUAUAUAUAUAUCGACGACGUUGCACAAUGGAAACGGUUUUGUAAAUAA